AUGCAACCAAAUCACUGCGACCUGCUAGGUCAGGUGCGCGAGCCCAGAGCCGCACGUCAACUGAUGCGCGAUGGCCACUCGCUCGAUCGUGGUCAGCCCCGGCCGUCCGGUGCGGUUGGCAUGAGAUCAGAAACCUCUGACUCUUGGAUUGAAGUAUCAUCACAGCCGUCAUCUUCAUCCUUAUCCUCGGCUGCUACGAACGACGAUAUCAUUACAACUGGUCUUCGUGUGGACAAUGGAGAAGGCGGAAUGUAUCAGCAUCGCAGUCGACGACGACGCCUGCAACACCUCGCCGCCGUUACCACAGCCCAGGUGGACUACUCAUCAAGAGACGCUAGCCUGGCGAGCAGCAGCCAAGAGGAAUAUGAAGAGAGCGAGAGUGAGCCCGAUCCCAACUUGAGCAGCUCAAAUGAGGAUAUCAAUCGCCCGGCUCUACGGGUCCCGCUAUCCGCACUCCCUUCUCCCUCAGAUGCAGUUGCAGCCUCGAGUGAUGAUGAAGAUGACGAUGCUUCUACUGCUCUUGGUAUGGGCAUCAGCCCAUCACCAUUCGUCCCCCAGCCCAAUCUCUUUUCUCAUCCACCAGCAACAAGUGACCCCUCGUGGACUCGUCCAAAUGAGUCGCGCCGCUCUCCGCCCAAUGUGCUCUCCACCUCCAGCCGGGGCACUGCAAUCCGCCGAGAUUCAUACCCGCCCAACGUACGAUCUCGCAGAUCCCAGCAAUCCCAACACAGCCCCUUCAACAUGAUUUCGCCUUCCCACCAUGCAGACCACGACGCUGCCCUCCGGGCCAGUCUCUCAACCCUCUUGUCCUGCGCAGCCGCCGCCCGAGGCCUCCCCAAAGCAGAUAACCAACCAACUUCAUCCAGUCCAGGCCCCUCCCAGCCAUCAACCUUCCGUCUAGUGGGCGAGUCAGUCGCCAUGGGUGAGGAAAGCGGCGAAGAAGCCUCUUCCCCACGAUACAUCGAAUCAAGUUCCUCAGUGGGCCCGUCCCGCCGGCGGCACCCCCGCACCGCUCCUGGUCCACCCUCCAAGGCCAAGCGCCGAUCCAUCUCGCCUAAAGACCGCAGCACAAAGAAGAGUCGACAUGCAAGUCUAUCAGACUCAACGAGCCCCGUCAGUCCAACAAUCAUGACGUGGGUCAUCAGCGCGGGUGUCGUGGUCCUAUUCUCAGCAAUCAGCUUCUCGGCCGGAUAUAUGCUCGGUCGCGAAGUCAGUCACGUUGAAGCGGGGAUGAUGGGAGAUGGAAGUGUACCUGGCGCACGUUCAUCGGCGGCCUGUGGACAGGAAGCUAUGAGAGGAGGACUCAGGCGAUUCCGGUGGGGGACUGCAGCUGCCAGCUCUGCUAGUCUGGCGUGA